CCUUGUCCCACCCACUCUUUCAUUGUCGAUCUAUUCUUCUCCUUCUUAUUCGUUUGAAUGUCGACCAGGCCAAAGCUCGUUGCGCUCAAAGACCUCAGUGCGACUCGCAGUGAUGCCGGCGCGUCGUCGGGCUCGUCGGGCUCGUCCAACCGCAUGCCGUCCUCAUUCGCUGCUGUUGCUGGUGGCAGCGGCAGCUCGUCUCCGUCCGUGGGCGCGACGUCCAGCUCGUCUGCCACGGGAUCAUCGAGCGCAGACCAGAGCAGCACCGCGUCGGGCGCCUCGUCCACGACGAGCGGAUGGAUGAGCGCUGGCGGCCUCAAGACGGUCAUCUCGACCUCGUCGUCCUCCGCGUCGCACCCGGCCUCUGCUGAGGAAGGCGGCGACGAGUGGCUCGACCAAACCGCUACCACGACGGAUGGCGCGGGCUCGUCGUCGUCGCCGUCGACCACCGGCUCGUCGGCGGCCUCCAGCAACUACAGCUCGCGCCAACGCUCGGACGACGGCCCGCGUCGCAACCAGUCAGAGCGCUCGUCCGUCCCGCCGGACAGCUACACGUGCAACCUGUGCAAAAUCCCCGGCCACUGGAUGGAGAACUGCGAAAUGUACAAGCCUCCGGCCUCGCGAUCGCAGCACUACGGCGACCGCAACAGCAACAGCAACAGCAACAGCUCUUGGGGCAACUCUGGCAACAACCGAUCCGUGCCGCCAGAGUCGUAUCGUUGCCGUCUGUGCAACGUCGGCGGCCAUUACAUCCAGGACUGCCAUCUGAGCACCAACAGCGGCGGCGCUGGUGGCGACCGUCAGAGCGGCGGCGGCGGCUUUGGCCGACCGAGCCAGUCCACCGACUGGCGCGCCUCGGGUGAUGGCGCGGGUUCCUCCAACAGCUUUUCUCGCCAAAACAACCACAACAACAACAACAACAACCGUUCCUUCCAACAGCCAGGAUUUGGCAGCUUUGGCAACAACCGCGGCAACUCGUACCAACAACAGCAUCACAACGACCAGCGAAACCCGCCGCCGGCCAGCUACACUUGCCGCCUGUGCCAGACGCCUGGGCACUGGCUCGAGAAUUGCCACAAGUUCAAGCGAGGCAACGACUCUUUCUCGGAUGACCGAAGGCGCAACAACCAGGGCGGGUCGCGCGGUCCAUCCCGAGGCACUGGAGGUCCCGUUCCUGCCAACUAUGUGUGCCGCCUCUGCAACACGGCUGGCCAUUGGAUUCAAGAUUGCGAGCUGAGCGGUCAGCAGCGAACCAGCGAGGAGAAUGCCUAAAAAAAUGCACCUUGGCAUGUCUUGCAUUGCCAUCCUCAAUCUGGCGAUUUUUGAUUUUGAUUUUCUCCAUUCCCUCCUUUCUUUCCUCUCCUGUUGAUUCUGCGAUUUUACUGCGGUUUUUUUGUGUGUUUGUUUUUCGUCCGUAUGAGCUUGAAAUGAACUUGAUUCUUCUUCCA